AUGGAUUUCAGGUAUAACUUCGUAAUUCCUUUACUGGCUAUCUUCAUAUUAAUCAUCGAUGGGAGGUCCACUGAUAAGGAACCUAAAGUAGAAAAUACAACUCAUAAUUGCCCAUUUACAAAAAUUAUUGAAGAUAUCUUCAAAAUUAACAACCAAAGCUCAAUUAAUACUAUGAAAGACAACACCGUAAAUGAUACAAAUGACUUUAUGUAUAAAAAUCACAAUAUAAGUAAAACUAUACAAGAUGAAUUGGUAAAUGAUAUAAUUGCUUCAAUUAAAAGAAUUAAAGCAAAUCUUACAUAUUCAGAAAAUCAUUCGUUAAAUGAAGCCAUUAUACUUAACGUACCAAAUGGUGAAACUGAUAAACCGCCUUUAAAAAAAGUGAAUCAACUAAAAAGUGGCAUAGAGGAUAAAGUAGAUAUGCUCUUGUCUGUUCCAAAAGAGAAAAAUAGUAAUACGAACAAUAUUUCUAAGAAACCAACGUUAAUAAGUAAUUCAGAUACAACGAAAUACGUGGAAGUGUUGACUAUUGAGCCUAAUAAUACUAGUAUAAAUAACUCGACUUCACAAACUAUAUUAGAAGUCUUAAAAAAUAUAAUGCCUGCGCUAAACACAUCUAUCAACAAGGACGUACACAGUAUAACAAUUAUUGAAAAAAAUCAAAACAAAAAUCACUCGUACACCGAAACAAAGAACAUUUCGAAAAUUAUUGUAAAAUAUUGUGAUAAAGAUAACGUAACAGAAACAAAUGGAGAUGAAGUAAAAAAUUAUGAGAACCUCAAAUCAGCUUUACCGAACAGUUCAUUGAAUGAAGAUGAUUACGAAAUAGACGAUGAGACAGAUUAUGGAGAAAGUGAUGAAGAAGUGAUCCCAAGUAAUGCUACAGAAGCUACUAAAGAUGUUCUGGAGGCAGCUGAGUAUGGAUUGCAGAAGAUGCACGAGCUCUAUGGGGUUUUAGAACCUAAGUUAUAUUCUAUGGGACUCAUGCUCAAUGAGAAGGAUCCAGCCCGCUACGUAGCUGCUUUCAAUGCACCCUCAGAAGACGUAACCAGAUAUUCCCGAUAUGGAUACGCUUCCCUACAAGCAGCUUCUAGGCUUCGACAACUCAUUAGG